CACGACAAGACGACGAGCUGGACGCCUCCCGUCCAAGUCGUGGCUGGCGUCCCGGUCCGGCAGGCACCGGCCCAGGCGCCGGCCGCCGACCCCGUCAUCAAGCCCUCUGGCGUCCGCAGAGCGCUCCUCGUCGGCAUUAACUACCCCGGCUCGCGGUGCGCCUUGAGAGGGUGCGUGAAUGACGCCCUCCGAAUGAGAGAUCUGUUGCUUUCGAGCGGCUUCGAAGAUAAAUGGAUAAGAUUGCUCCGAGACGACGGCAAGGGCCGCCGCGCGUCGUCGUCGCGGCUCCACGAGUCGACGGCGAUGCCGACGAGAAGCAACAUCAUCGAAGGCCUCCGGUGGCUGGUGCGAAGCGCCAAGCGCGGCGACUGCUUGUUCUUCCAUUUCAGCGGCCACGGCGGCCAGGUACGCGACCACUCCGGCGACGAGGCCGACGGUUAUGACGAGACGAUCGUGCCCUGCGACUACAAGCGCGCCGGGCAAAUUACGGACGAUGAAUUAUUCAAAAUUCUCGUCAAGGACCUCCCGGAGGGCUGCAAGCUUACGGCCGUGAUGGAUUGUUGCCAUAGUGGCACGGGCCUUGAUCUCCCGUACGACUACCAAAGUGGCCGCGGCUGGCGCUGCGAGGAUGUUCCUUUCCAUACCCGCGGCGACGUACAGAUGUUGAGUGGUUGCGAGGACGACCAAACUUCUGCGGACACGUAUCACAACUUCUCGGCGGGCGGCGCGAUGACGAACGCGCUGCUCAAGGCUCUGAAGGAUAACCCGCUCCCGCUCUACCCGGAUUUGUUCCGCGCUUUGCACGCGAACCUACGGAAGAAGGGCUUCCGCCAGCGGCCGCAGCUCACGUCGUCGCAACCCUUUGACGUGACCAAUCGCGUGUUCUCGCUCACGGACGGGUUCGUCCCGAACCACAACGCGGUCUACGGCGAGCCGCCCGGGGCGAAGCAUCGGCAUCGCCGCCGCCGCCGCCGCCGCGGGACGGGAGGCAUGGGCCUCGAAGGAGUGCUCGCGGCGGGCCUGGGCGCGGGCAUCCUGGCAUCGGUGUUCGGCUAG